CCGGUAAAACGACAUCAUACUGAUAGGUGUGGUUGUGUUCAUUUUCGUCGACUAAAUCAAUAUUUCGCUUUUGAUAUUUUUAAUCGGUAACUGUCAUUCCCAUCUGUGAUGUUAAAAGUAUUCAAUGUCGUGAUAGAAACAUUGCAGAUAUGUGAAUACUCUCACAAUAUCUAGCGACAGUAACUGAAAAUGCCACCUCGGCACACUGCGAACAGGUGAUCAUCAUCGUUGGUUUAGAAGACGACAGCUUUAGUGCGAACGCUUAGUACGUGACGGACAUAACAGCCUCGCACCAAGAUGUAUCCCUGUGACAACUGUUCCAGUGUGAGGAUCUUAAAGGUGUUCCUGGUGAUCUGCUUGACUCUGGUGUUACUUCAGUACCUCAUCAAUCUUGCCACCUACAACUAUGUGACAAAGUUCCUCAAAGAUGACAGCUAUAGCAGUCAUAACCGAUCAGCUAUUGGACUAUUUUUCCCAGAAGUGACUGACUUUUUCAAGAACCUGCACUCAUUACAGUCAAAGAAUGUGGCAAGGAAUGUAUCAGUGAACUGGACAUUGCCAACUGUACCUACCACCAUGACUGUCAUGACGACCAACUUAUCUUCUGGAACAGGCGAUAUUGGGAAUCUCUGUCCUCUGGUUCCUCCAAAACUCGUGGGGUCACUGGCAACAUACAAGGAAGUUCUGUCCUUUGAGGAGAUGCAGAAGAAGUACCCAGAGCUUCAAGCCGGGGGCCGAUACAAGCCCCCAGAUUGUAAAUCACGACACCGUGUAGCUAUCAUUGUGCCCUACAGGAACAGAGAAGAUCAGCUGAAGAUUCUGCUCAACAACCUACACCCGAUUCUGGAGAGACAGCAGCUGGACUAUGCAAUCUAUAUCACAGAACUGGCUAUGCCCACGACCUUCAACAGAGCCCUCCUGAUGAACAUAGGUUACGCAGAAGCAGUCAGGGACUACGACUUCCAGUGUUUCAUCUUCCAUGAUGUGGACCUCAUACCAGAGAAUGACAAGAACUUGUACACCUGUCCGGAGAACCCACGACACAUGUCGGUGGCCAUUGACAAGUUUAAUUACAAAUUGCCAUAUGCUGCGAUCUUUGGAGGUGUGUCAGCUUUGACUAAAGACCACAUGAUAAAAGUCAAUGGAUUCUCCAAUAAAUACUUUGGCUGGGGUGGAGAAGAUGAUGACAUGAUGAAGAGAAUACAGCUGAGUGGUUUAAAGUUAAGUCGAGCACCAAUAGAAUUAGCUCGAUAUAAGAUGAUAAAACAUGGCAGGGACAAAUCAAAUGAAGUGAAUAAACAAAGGUUUAAACUUUUAUAUGCUGCAUCCAAGAGGGUACAAAAGGAUGGACUUAAUUCGCUCAAGUAUGAAUUAUUGAAAAAAGAAUACAGGCCAUUGUAUACAUGGGUAUAUGCUCAGGUCAACCAGCAGGACAUCUUGAAGAGUUAGCUAUGGUGUGUUGCCAGCUGACAUCUUCAGGUGGUAGACACGUCUACAGUUUUCCUACAUGAAGAUCAAGUUUCUAGGAUCUUUGCUGAAAGACAGUGUAUCAUGAUUGUUUUGUCUGUACAUGAGGACUGAAGAGUGUUGGGUGUUCUAAAACUGUGAUCUGGAUGUAUUCAAUGUUUAUGGAGUUGGAUGGAGCAUCAACCAGUAUGGCUGACUUGACAGAUGACAUUAGUGAGAGUGAAAAUACUGUGAAGAUAUCACCAGAUCUUGGCAGCAGCAUUUUCAGCUGCUACAGAAAACUUGAAUCCCCUCCUGGGCAAGGAUAAGGUCAUUACGACAGGGUUUGGCCUCCUCGUACACUGACAACUGACAAUCACCAGAAUGUGUAUAAAGUCCAAUACCUGAACUGUUGUCAAGACUAUGUUCAUCACUAGUUGCUUUGGUCCCUCCUUGCUGAACAGUUGACACUGAUCGCCUGGAACAUGUUCAGGGUCCAAUAAUUUUCUUAACUAUUGUUAGCUGAAGAUUACAGUCAGCUAAACAUGUUCCACAAUCUCUUGCUGUAAGUAUGCAGGUCAUCAGGACAAGUACAGGAUAUCUCGCAGCCAUGUACCGGAUCCUCACGGUCCAUCCAGCAAACUCAUCAAAUGAGGCAUCAUUAGUCAAACUGUUGUAAUGCAGGAAAGAUCAUCAGAUGUUCAUCCAGGAUUUCAAGGGGAACAAAGACACAAACAGAUUAUUGAUUGAAGUUUAAUUGUCAGAGUAAAGGAUGAAGCCAAACCACUACAUGACAUCCACACCUACUUCUACAUGCUCACUCACAUCCAUAGCCACACCUACAUGACAUCCACACCCAGGUCUACAUGCUCACUCACAUCCAUAGCCACACCUACAUGACAUCCACACCCAGGUCUACAUGCUCACUCACAUCCAUAGCCACAUCUACAUGACAUCCACACCCAGGU